AUGGCAGAUGAUAAGAAAAUUUACACUGCUGAGGAAAUUCAGAAGAUUGCGCCAAGGUAUAGAGGCAAGCCAGAAAACUUCAACCCGAGUAAAAUCGGUCAGAAGAAGCCGGCCACCGUACCAAAAGGCAAACGCAACGCUGAGAUUCCACCGCCAACAGACGCACACCAUCCACCAACAGCACAGCGAAAUGAUUCAAUCAUUUCAGAAGCUAUAUUCGGUGUCGAAGUAUCUGUGACGGAAAUUGCACCUAGGCAGUCCUUCGCGGCAAACUACUCAAAAUUGAUUGACAUAGUAACGGAAACAUAUGCGGCAUACCAAGCAGACGAAAAGGUUCUUGACAGAAUCAUCGCGCGCGAGGAAGUCUCAUACUACGCUACAGCUAUGCUUGAUCUAAAACUACUUGAGGUAAAAGCAAAGCAAGGAGACGCUGUCUUGACCAGUGCAGAAAAGGACAUGAGGAAGUCCACUGUGGAUGAAACAUUCAAUGUUCCACAAACAAUCCUCACAUACCUAAAGGAGGUAGGUACAUACACGGAUAGAAUGGGAAAAGAAACUCGCCACGAGGUUCCAAAUCUCCCAACAACUGUGGUGCAAAACUUCGGGGGUUACCAUGCUCAAGAAGUGAAUGCAGACAACCACUGUUUAUUCGAAGAAGUACCAUCUCUAGGUAUAGCUGGAGAUAUGGGAACAUCAUCAAAAUAUUUUAAUUAUUUUAUCAACUGCGAAAAUGGAAACAUUGAAAUCGAAGAGACCAUUCGCGAAGGUUUCUUAAGUGAUUUCUUCUCAGUAAAAGUCACAUACAUAGAAGUUUUUGAGCAACCUAAUCACAAUACUUCAACCCCUAACUUGGCACGUUCGUUUUCGGGUGGUAAUGUGCAACAGGCUCGCUUGCCUAAAAUAGAGAUUCCUAAAUGCAAAGGAGAUUACAGAACCUUUGUAACUUGUUUGGAUCUAUUUAAUGCCCAGGUUCAUAUUAAUCCAAACUUGUCGGACAUUGAACGCUUUAAUUAUUUGCUUUCGGUUUUAGAGGAUCCGCCCUUAUCAUUGGUAGCGCACACUUUCAUAGCUGAUAAUUAUCUCACGUCUUAUGACACUCUUGAACAACGCUAUUCAAAUGGUCGUUUGAGAGCUCAAGAGCAUUGGAUAGUUCCUGUAGAACAUGACAUGAUACUAAACUUUUCAGACCAUUUUAAACAACUUAUUAAAUCUGCCCCUAAAGGACCAAAAAAGGAAAAAUUUGCUAUAUCAACUUAUAGGAUAAUGAGGUACACCAAGAAUAACAAGUUUAUUGAAUGCUCUGAUCUAAGAGAUCUGGUACAAAAGUAUGUACCCUUAAAUGAUCAAGGUUACUAUAACCGCAUGUUUGAAAACAUUACCUUUGACGAUGAGGAUCCAAAUUCUACCGAACUUAACGAAGAUCAAGAAGCCGGAAACGUCAGUGAUUCUUCCUAUGUUUGAUAUAUUAUUUGUUUACAAUAUUUUUAGUGUCAUAUUUCAUUUUCAAUAAAAAAAAUGCAAAAUUAUUACAUGUGUUUUGACUCUAUUUUAAAAAUUUUGGCUUUUCGGGGCAAGAAACAGGCAACUCCAUUUUUUCAAACUCCUUUUUUAGCAUCUACAAUGUGAAUGAAAAGCAGUAUCUAGGUAAAUAAAGCUUAUCUAAUAUUACUCUAGAGAACUCAUACCAUUAAGCAUAAUUUUUUCUAAAUUUCUCGAAAAUAUUAUGUUUUUUUUUUUGAUUUCCCAACAUUUUAAAAAAGUGGAGUUGCCCAGUUCUUGCACCGAGGUCUUCGUUUGGAGUCUGGAUCAGCUGGAGUGACGUCACCUCAGCAAUCUAUCCUCUUCCUAGAUACAGGAAACAACACCAAGAGCUCCAGUUCACGAAAGUGAAACCCCAACACCCAUUGAAGAGCUCCGAAUUGGAAAGGUAUAUGGUAUCAGAUUCACCGGCAAAACCAAGAUGGCAACACUAGAAUUUUACAGUAACAUUCACUGUUACUCUAUGAAACAUAUUACAUUGUUAAAUAUCAAAUAAAAUUAUUGUUUGUUGGAUUUUGAGUGGUUUCAUUUGCACAUAAAGGGACUACACGUUAUCUUAAUUUCAUUUGAAUUCAAUGACCCUAGGUUAUCUUGUCUUAUAGUAACAAAUUUUCAAAUUAUUUUGUAACAAAUAGUAAAUUCCGCAUGGUCAGCGAUGAUGCAGAUCUGGAGGAGACCAAUUCCUGGAGAAUCCAUCUGCGCUUUGUAUAGUGCGAGAUACCUUUUCGGAAAAUUAAGCAGCAUUCAAGACUUGUUUCCAACAGACGAAUGGGAUUUUGCCGUUGUUAUAUUGUUGUUCAAGAAACUUGAUCAGUCGCUCGUAACUAAAUUUGAAUUGGAAUAUGUUUCCUCAAAAAUUCCAACUAAGAAAGACUUGGUUGAUUUUUUGGAAAAGAUUUGUGUUGCUUUUAGUACGCUCAAUUUUCCGUCCAAUUUUGACAAAGGCAAGAAAUCUGCUCAAAGGCUUUCUGAAAUAGUUGGUGGAAACGGCCAUGAAUGAAAUGAAAAAAAUAUUUCCAUUUAUAGAGGAGCUGAGGCUGUACUACCCUUAUUGGUGAGAUUCUGAAGAAUGAAUAGAGGGAAACAUUGUCUUAUACACGGAAGGCUCCAGAAACUCAAAUGGUGUUGGAGCAGGAGUCUUCAGCAGAAGACCGAGGAUUGAAAUUGAAAAUUUUGUUCUUAUUCUGUGUGCCAGAGAGCUAAUUGAUGGCUCCACCACAAACAAAAACAUAAAUAUUGUGUCAGUCAAGCGGCGUUAAAAGCACUUGGCUCCUACCGGAUAACCGCAGAACUGAUGAGAAACUGCAUACAGACCCUUACUGUGCGAGGCACCAAUAAUAGGGUAACCUUACCUGGGUGCCGGGGUAUC